AUCUCCAUCUCCAUCUCCAUCUCCGCCUCCAUCUCCACCACCUCCAGAUGGGCCACAAUCCGAUUCUUCGGAUUCUGAUGAAUCUGAAGACGAACCUGCACCUCCAUAUAGAAGUCCACCUAUGCAAGCGCCUAGACCCCCGACGGCCUUCAACAUUCUGGAAAGAGCAGGAGCUGAAGCUCGCGAAACCCUUCGACGAAUGUCAAGAACCGAGGCCCGCAACAUUCGAAGCUUCUUCCAGACAGACGAAAGGAACUUUCAUUAUCUAGAUAUAGUCGGCCAUGGUGCGAAUAGCGUUGCGGUCAGGGUCAAAUUGAGGAGCCGUUGGUAUAGCAGUCACCAUUCAGAGAUAUUUGUUGUCAAACGUGCGAUUGUAGCGGGAGUCCAAAGGAAAUUAAGGAACGAAAACCGUAUAUUAAGAAUGCUGCGCGGAGCUAAACACAUUAUCCAACUAUAUCGAACUUUCAGUAGUAUACGCAACCCUAUAGAUAGGGCGCGAGGUCGAACAGUGAUGAUGGAAUGGGCUCCUAAUGGAACUUUGGGAAAUUUCAUCAGGAGACUAGCGCGAAGUCGUGACCAUCAAUCCAAUCGAAUGCUCCAUAUGUUAUUUAUGUGUUUGGUUCGCAUGUGUAUAGCCAUGGCGUACCCACCAAGACAGGGAAGACGUGCAAGGCCCAGAAGGGAGGCAUUCCCCGGUUCAAGAGCUGCACAGGAGCGGAAGACUCAACUUAUCCACUACGAUAUGCAUACGAAUAAUAUACUGUUUGGAGAUGUUGAACGCCCCGGUGACAACGAUCAUUACGUGCUUCCCCCGUUGAAACUUAUAGAUUUCGAAGACGCCGAGGUUCUUUCUGGCCAACACAGACAUAACCAAGCAGUCCAGUCAAAUAUAUUAAGCAUCGGAAUGAUAAUGAGAUGCAUAAUUACGGGCAGUACAAACAUGAACGCGCAUGCUGUCCCUGUGCGGACUAAUGUUAGUGGGCUGGAUGUGACCAUCACAUCAUUUGCCAACUUUCCUUCCAACCUUUACCCAGAUAUUGACGACGCUCUUAAAAGCCUUGUCGUUCAAUGCUGUGCUGUUAAUCCGCAGGAGAGGCCUAGCCUUGAACAUUUGUACGAGAGAGCCCAUAGCCACCUCCACAACAGGCAAUACGAUUUCUAUCGGGAUACUCCGAGCGCACCAUACGAAAGAACGCCGUGGAUAAGAAGAUUAGUCCAAGAGUAUAUCCUUGACGCUGACAAUUGAAUAAAGUGGAUAGAGUAGAACCCAUAACCUAAGCUCUAGGGAGAGAGUAUUUAUCUCAAUACGGAGGCUAAAAUGUCAUACGACAACGGAAUGAACAAGGAUUGAAAUAAAAUAGGCUUUGGCAAGCACAUAUAGGAAGUCUAAUAAAUAUAGAUAAUGUCACUAAAUGUACCUAUGGAGGAGUAUACAGAUAGAAACUAGUAAAUCCGUUGCUGAUUUUAGGAAUAUA